AUGCUGCGAUCAUGGCUGCCCCGAAGCAAUCGAGUAGCUCGCUAUGAGCUCUGCUCUCGAUGCCUUCGUCUCAGUCGUGGUCAACCAGAAAUCACCACUCUUCACGCAGCUCAGACUUCAUCGAAACAGUUUCUACGGUCCCUACAAACUACCGCUUCUACGACUGCCGGCGACCACGUACCUCUCCGGAAACAGUUGAAAGCGGAAGCGAAAGCUUUGAAGGCUCGCAAGCGAGAGAAGAAAGAUCAUGAAGAAGCUUCGCGACAAGGAUGGGAAUUGACAGUGGGCAUUGAGAUACAUGCGCAAUUGAACACUGAGGCGAAGCUAUUCUCAAGAGCUGCAACGUCCACCAGCGACCUACCCAAUUCCAAUGUUGCGCUGUUCGACCUCGCUUUUCCAGGAAGUCAACCAGAAUUUCAAGCGGCUACGUUACUGCCGGCGCUGCGUGCAGCCAUCGCUCUGAACUGUGACAUACAGCCAAUAAGCCGGUUCGACCGGAAACAUUAUUUCUAUCAGGACCAGCCGGCCGGUUAUCAGAUCACACAAUACUAUGAGCCAUUCGCCAAAAAUGGUUACGUAGACUUGUACGACUACGAUGGAAUUGCGCCCGCAGAUGGAGAGAGGGUUCGCGUGGAGAUAAAGCAGGUACAGCUCGAGCAAGAUACUGCGAAGUCACAAGAAUAUCCACCAGCCCUACAACUGCUUGAUUUCAAUCGCGUAUCCCAUCCACUUAUCGAGAUCAUCACCCUCCCACAGAUCCAUUCACCAGCCACUGCGGCUGCAUGCGUCAGAAAGAUCCAGGCCUUGCUACAGUCUGUCAAUGCGGUAACGACCGGGAUGGAGUUGGGUGGACUACGAGCCGAUGUCAAUGUCUCCGUUCGAAGACGAGACGAAGCUCCAGGGGCACAUCAGUAUCACGGCGUUGGCGGAUUGGGACAGCGUACAGAGAUCAAGAACCUAAGCAGCUUCAAAGCAGUGGAGGACGCCAUCAUCGCUGAGAAGAACCGCCAGAUCGCUGUUCUCGAGAGCGGUGGCGUCGUGGAGGGCGAGACGCGUGGGUGGACUAUCGGCAGCACUGAGACGAGAAAGCUGCGAGGGAAAGAAGGGGAGGUGGACUACCGGUAUAUGCCAGACCCUGACCUGGCGCCCCUCGUUAUCGACCAAGGACUUGUCUCUGAGCUCAAAGGCGGCCUGCCUACCUUACCUGACACGCUGCUUGGUACUCUUGUUGGCCCAGAAUACGGAUUGCCAGUGGAAGAUGCCAAGCCACUCAUUGAGCUCGAUCAAGGUUCCAGACUGGAAUACUACUGGAAUGUUGUCGAUUCUCUACGCUCCCUCCAGGGAGUCGAGGCCGGCAAAUCUAAUGACAAUAUCGGCAGGACGGCCGGUAACUGGGUUCUGCAUGAAUUGGGUGGUCUUUUAACCAAGGCGGAUAUGCCAUGGAGUGCGGAUCGAGUUCCAGCGGAUACCUUGGCAACCAUCGUCCACUAUCUAUUGCAGAAACAGAUCACUGGGGCUACGGCAAAACAGGUGCUGGCCAUGGUCUUUGAAGGGGACCGGCGGCCUAUCAACCAGCUUCUGGAAGAGGAGAACCUUCUCUUGCGGCCUCUUUCGAAAGAAGAGUACGUGGCCUUGGCUGAAGCUGCUAUCAGCAAGAACCCACAGAUGGUUGCGCAAAUUCGAGAAAAGAACCAGCUGGGCAAGCUUGGCUGGUUUGUCGGACAGAUGAUGCGCAUGGGAGAGAAGGGUCGUGUCGAGGCGCCAAAGGCGGAGGAGACCUUGCGCGAGUUGAUUCUUGGGAGUGCAUAA